AUGGCCUUCGAGAUAGCAGACUACAGUCUUGUCGCGGACGACGACAUCACCACUGUCACAACAACCGUCGUGGCUACCUACACGCUGUUCUCCAGCUCUAUAGCCGGGAUCGGCCUCCAGAAACAGACACAGGCAAAACAAUCACAGUUGUCCCUUGCCCUCGGGCUGGCGCUUCCCCUUGCUGCCGUUGCCGCAGCCAUCGCCGGCCUCUACUUGUGGCAUCUGCUCCGCAAGCGGAGAAAACACAGCUACACGGCUCCCACACUAGCUAUUUCGCGGACGUCGACAGUCAGCAGCACAGACUUGUCGCUCUCCAAGCUUUCAAUGUACAGCUCAGAACAUAGCGUAGCGGAAUCGCCCCAGGUGGUGCGGUUUGGCCCGCUAGAGACGCAGUGGAUCAGCACGCCGAUUGCCGCGUUCAAGGGCAUGGUGCGCAAGAGCACUUACGCUAUCGUGGACAAGGCCGGGGCGGCGGCAGAAUACUCUCCCGUGUUUCUGAAAUCGUUCAAUCUCAAGGCCAGAGACAAAGCGGCCACAGAGCCACAGACACCACCAGGCAGUGCGCCGUUGAAAAACACGCAGCUGCUGAAAUUUGCGCGCCACCCAGCCGCACACGGGUAG